GCUCCUCGUCACUUCCUGUGUAGCCGGAAACAAAACAAGUCCGUCAUGUGACUCCGUCUGGAGCCUGAGUGUGGCUGAGUAUGUAUCUGCUGGUGGUGAAGUCCAUUUAAAGAGCAUCCAGAGAAGGUCUGUGAGGCUUCCUGCGUCUCUGGGUCGUGUCUUUAUUCACGUAGCCACACGCGGAGGGUAACUCAAGCAGCGGGGGUUGUUGACUUAAAACAGGAAGUAGCUAAACCUGGCUAGUUGCUAAUCGGUGAACACUCUGCUGACACUACAAACCGAGGCCACCAUGGCUGAUGAUUUGAAGAGGUACCUGUAUAAACAGCUGCAAAGCGUUGAAGGUCUUCAUGCUAUCGUGGUGACAGACAGGGACGGUGUCCCCGUUAUCAAAGUUGCCAAUGACAACGCUCCGGUCCACGCCCUGAGGCCGGGCUUCUUGUCCACCUUCGCUCUGGCCACGGAUCAGGGAAGCAAGCUUGGUCUCUCCAAGAACAAGAGCAUCAUCUGCUACUACAACACCUACCAGAUUGUGCAGUUUAAUCGAUUACCGCUGGUCAUCAGUUUCAUUGCCAGCAGCAGCGCCAACACAGGUAUCAUCAUGAGUCUGGAGAAGGAGCUGGCUCCGCUAAUAGAGGAACUGAGGCAGGUGGUGGAAGUCACAUAAGCUCACACGGUGAGGACAACCCUGAGCGAGAUCACCUGCCUGGAUCACGUCCUCCGCUCUGAAUCUCUCCAUCUCUACUGGUGCAUUCACGUCCUGGGGGAAAAUCUUGUUUAGAGGGUUUUUUCACAGUUCAGGGUGAUGGCUUUUGAAGUGUUAACAUCUCCAGACCUGACUGCACCAUGCCUGAACUUUCCUGUGCACACUGUGUCUGUUGACUUUGCUUCCUGCUGUUUUCUGUAGAGUUUACGUGCUCCUCGUCUGCAUCUUCAUGUCAAAUCAAGUCUGAAUAAAUGUUUCAUUUUUAGCACCUGAAA